AUGGUUGACACACACCUAGCGUUUAGGGAGUGCUUUGCGCGGAUCGACAAAGAGUUCUUGCAAAAGGCCGAGGACGAGAGUCUGGAUGAUGGCACUACAGCAGCGGUGGUGUUGAUUCGAGGCAACCGGUUGAUCACAGCGAAUAUUGGAGACAGCCGAGCAGUUGUGAGCAUUAGAGGCCAGGCGUUGGAUAUUAUUGAAGAGCAGACACCUGGACGUGCAGAUGAGCGAAAGAGGAUUGAGGAGCAAGGAGGCUGGGUGAAUGAGGAGCGCGAGCUGCAGCUGUCCAAGCUGCAUUGCAUGGAUUUGAGUGACCCCGAAAUUCAGCAGAGGGCCGAGCGAGUCGUAAAAUGGAUGACAAUCUACCGAGUGAACGGCGAGUUGGCCGUUUCUCGCGCUAUUGGCGAUAUCGAUUAUAAGGGUGAGGCAUUGUCGCGAUAUGAGUACUGGGCGUUUCCCGAGGGCCACGACCGUAUGUUUCGCGGUGAUUUGGUCAUCUCGGUGCCCGAAUGUCAGGAGAUCGAGAUUACGCCCGAAUUUGACUUCCUCAUUCUCGCAUGUGACGGGCUUUGGGACACAAUCAAGAGCAAGGAAGCUGUGAAAUACGUCGCCGAUAGGCUAAGCCAAGGUUACUCUGCAAAGCAAGCAAGCCAGUCGCUGGCAAACUUGGCCAUUCGGUCCGGUUCAUCCGACAACGUUUCCGUGGUUAUAGUGCUGCUCAACACGGAGCAACUGCCUCGCGAUAUAAAUGCAUUCUCUAGGGAGUGA